UGUCUCCCGUGUACGAUUAUGUCGUGGUUGGCGGGGGUGUGAGCGGCCUGAUUGUUGCGAAUCGACUCAGCGAAGACCCGAGAACCACUGUACUGGUAAUUGAGGCUGGAAAAAUGUAUGUUUUCCGCUGCGCUACUUUGUUGCGCAGAGCGCUCACAAUGUAAAGCGACAACUACUCUCAGGAAAUCCAAUACCCGCGCGCGAUAUGCGUCGCUCGCGGGUGGCAACAACAGCUGGCCCAUUACCUCGCUCCUCAUCCCCGGACUCAACAAUCGCACCGCUGGGAUCGCAGCUGCGCGACUCCUCGGCGGCGGAAGCGCCAUCAAUGGCAUGGCUUUUGACCAGGGCUCUCCAGGCGACUAUGAUAUCUGGGGCGAGCUGAUCGGCGACAAUUCCUGGAGCUGGGCAGGGCAUCGUCCAUACUUUAAGAAGAGCGGGACUUUUAUGCCUCCUACGCUAGAGCAGCAGAUCGAAUGCGGUAUCACGUUUGAUGUGGAUGUUCAUGGGACGUCCGGGUCCGUUCAGUCGUCGUAUCUUCCGUUCAUUUCUACCACAGGCAAAGUAUUCAUUGCAGCUCUGCGUCAACUUCGCAUUCCUAUCCAGUUGAUGACACGGCAGAUGCAAUAAGCGGUUUCUGGAAUCCCAACUCGCUUGAUCCCGCGCUCCGGGAGCGCUCGUGUGCGCGGACAACAUAUCACGAGCUGUACAGCAACC